UCGAGCACAUUCACAUUCUGUUCAUAAAUGAGACACAAACACUGUCGAAUUUAUAAGAAAUAAAAUUUUAAAAAAUGAGAACCUUCUGGAUUUUGAGUUUGAUCUGCAGCACAAUGUAUCCAGUCCAACCUGGUAGACGCUGGGUUACUGCACAAUCCCUCACAGAGUCAGGAGUUUAUCAGCCUGAUAAAGAGCUCAGUGUGGAUAUCGGAGACUCGGCGACUCUGCAGUGUUGUAUUUCUGAAAAUGUAGUGAGGAUAAUCAACUGGUUUAAGCAAACGAACAGAAAACAGCCUCAAAUUAUAGUCAGAGUAUAUAAAAAUUCCGGAGAGAAGUUUUACAAUGGAUUCCAAAAGUCACGUUUCCAAAUAGAAAAACCUUCAAACUGCUUCAAUCUGAUCAUUUUAAACACCAUUCAGUCUGAUGAAGCCAUGUACUACUGUGCACUGACGGACUCCAACCUUGUGUUUGCAGAUGGAACUUAUUUAAAAAUUAAAGGUGAACAUGUUACUAUUGAAUCAGAAACAUCUAAACCAGCUCUGGGUGAUAAUUCAGUGGGCUGUGAACCAACACUGCAUGGAAACAGCACGAACAUGAACACACAAGAGAAAACAGUGCUCGGUUUGGGAACGGCUUUGGGUUUGUGUGCACUUCUGAUUUUCUGUCUCAUUUAUUUCAUCCUGAGGAGAAGAAAAUGGGAUAAAAUAAAUGCUUCAGUAGAAAACUCUCCAGUAAUGAAGCAGGAAUCUGCUGAAGCUGAAACACUGAAUUAUGCAGCUUUGCAAUUCUCCAAGAGGAAAGCCAAAGCUGAAAAAAAGAAAACUGGCUCAUCAGAUGAGUGUGUGUACUCCGAUGUGAAGAAAACUGUCAGGUGUAACAGAAAUAAUUCAUAACACAUGAUAUUACAGUAUUGCAUUGCAAAUACAAUGAAAAGAGUUUAGCAAAUUAAAAUAUUGACUGUACACUAAUUUAGUCCAUAUUUUUCAUAUUGAGAUGAAAAGAUUAUUAAACAAAUAAGAAUUAGAGACUUGAACUUGUCUCAUUCAACUGAAAAAUGCAUCUAUUUUUAGAAGGAAAAUAAUAUGUAAUUUGCCAAAACAGAGAAGUCUGGGAUUUUUUUUUUGUAACUAAACUUCUUUCCCACAUGUUUUGUUUAUUUAUACUUAAGUAAUGCCUGAUGUUUUCCCCACCAUUAUUUCCUUCAAGUGUAAUGCUCCAAACUUUGACUAACAGUGAACUUGUGAAAAAUAAUUCAGUUUUGUAUGACUUCAGAUUUCGUGGCCUCAUUUGUGUAAUUCUGACUUUUGCUGAAAACACAAUAAAUAAAG